GUCUGAGCCGUUUACUCCCCGCCAACCAUUGAAAUAAACCGACCAAUCGUAGGACGGGAAGCGUUUAAAGUGGCAGCCGCAGCAUCCAAUAAGAAAAAGGUCCUGCGCAAAAGAAGGCGGGGCGCACGAAAAUUGGAUACCAGAGUGCUAUUUGGGGGAGCGGAGACCCCUCUCAAUAGGUUCAAAUGGGAAAGAAAAAGGCGGGAGUUAGAUUUAAAGGGACAGGCACCUAAAGUAAGAAAGAUUGGGGAAAAGGUGCAUAGGUGUGUGUGGGCUAGCCAUUAGGAUAUAAUAUGUGUUUGUAUAUAUAUUGAAGGAGGAUAUCAAGGGAAUAAUGCAAGGAGACAGGAUAUCAAGGAAAUUAAAGGAUUAAUGCAAGGAGAUGGUGGAUGCAGAUGAGGUUUGGAAAGGCAAAGGGAAGGAGUAACAUUGUACCUACAUAUAUAUAGCUAUAUAGUUAUUGCAAAAUGGAGCAAACUCAGUUGUUGGACUGGGAUGAGGAAGGGGAUCCCAAUGAGUCUUCUCAUGGGAAUGCCCCCAAACCUGUUGGGCGCCUGCACCUUUUGAGCAGCAAAUAUGGCCCUGAAAAAGAUUUUUGGAUCUACCCAGGGGAGAAUGUCAUUGGGCGCCUGGAAAGCUGUCAGAUCUGCUUGCCUGCCUCGUCAGUCUCCAAGGCCCACGCUGUGAUCGAGGUCCCCAGCUCUGAUGGGCCCCACCUUUUGUAUGACAAGGGCAGCCUAAACCGCACCCGGCGCCAACGGAUGGUCUUGAUCCCGCAGGUCCGCUACAGCCUUCAAGAUGGGGACUCCUUAAUCUUUGGUGAUGUGGGAUGCCAAUAUUUCAUGUCGACGACAGAGGCUGAGCUUGAAUCCCCCAAUGACUCAAUGGAGAUUCCCCCAACCCAGAAAGUGGAUGCCAGCGCCCUGGUCAUCGAGGAGACACCUGCGCCAGGGAGGAAGAAGCGGAUGGGCUUUGGCGGGGUCCUGGUUCAGGAUUCGGACAAGGAAGAAGAAGAGGAAGACGAGGUGAAUGGAGCAAACAGAAUCCUUCCUCACAAAACGGAAGAUGGUUCGGUUUCCUCUGUUGAAGAUUCUAGACGGUCCAAUUUGGCCUCCUCCAGGUUUUCUUCUCCUUCUGUUGUGCCAGAAAGUGAUGAGGAAAGUGGGGAACUCUCUGUCAGUGACCUGCCUUGUCCUUCCUUGCGCCUGCGCUUUGAAAGUCAGGAUGCUGAAGUAACCGCCUUGGAGAAUGGUGGCCCUCCUCCUUUGGACCAAGAAAGAACAGCUGUUGAGUCAGGAUCUGCUGAAGUUGAAGCAAAAGGCCUCCCAGGCACGGAAGACGAUACAGCUAAGAAGCAAGGAGCUGCUCCUUCUGGCCAUAGCCUUAUAGAGAACUUCCAACUGGAUAGUGAUACUGAUGUGGAAGAUGAGGAGGGAGCUGGUAGCACGUCCAGACCAUCAGGACCUGGAGACUUGGCAGAAGUUGACAAAGCUCUAGAAAUAAGCAGUGACACAGAUGUGGACGAACCUGUGGUGAUGGAUCCAGAUGCUACCAGUCAGAAGGCCCAGCCCACAGUUAUCUAUGUGAGCAGUGAUUCUGAUCAGAAAGAAGUAGCAAAGGACUUGGCUAUCCCAAAAGCCCAGAACACUGCUGAAAAUGGGGACGAUGACACAGAUGUAGAAGAUGGGAUGGAAAACCCAAGUGUCGUGUGCCUUGAAAAUCGUGGGCCUGCACCUCAAAUGAAAGGUGGCUGCAUUGGUAUGGGAAAAGCAGAAGAAGAACCACAUCCCAAAGGCUCUCAGCCUGGUGAGAAUGAGGACAGUGAGACAGACGUGGAGGAAGCCACCCAAGAACCAGAGGUGAAGGCUAAGUCUCAGCCAUCUCAUGAAUGUCAGAACAGUGGUGCAGAUCUGGAUGGUACGUCCCUCAAAGUGAACAAUCCAGGUGAGACUCUGAAGACUCAUAAAGCUGCUCUGGACAGCGAUGAGGAUACAGAUGUGGACGACACAUUCCCCAAAGCCGAGACUUUGAAGACCCCUAAGGCUGCCCCAGACAGUGAUGGGGAUACAGAUGUGGAAAUGUCUAACUUGGUGCUGGAGAACUCACAUGUUGCUCAGCCCCGCAGUUCUCACUGUGAGGACAAUGAUUCAGAUUUGGAGGACAUCCCUCUCAAAAGGGCUGUGCGUCAAGUUAGCAGUUGCCUGGAUCAACCGAGUGCUGAUGCUAAAGAAGUAUCUAAUCUUAAUGUUCAACAGCGGGGCAUCAAGGAAACUGUUCAUGAACAAUCCAAGAGCUCAGAUGGGAAGGAAAACCCUGAGAUCAUUGACAAGGGAGCCAUCUUGCCUCAGAUUCAGUGCCUGCCUGCUCUCUCUCUGGAUAGCGAUACUGAUGUUGAAGAGGAGGAGGAGAAAGUGGCGGUGGAAAUUCAAGAUGUGGCCUCCAAAGUGGAGCAUAAACCCAUAGUUGCUGGUUCCAGUGUUGAAGGUAUCAGAAGCAACCCUGAGAAUCAUUCUAUUAGACCUCCAGAUAGUCCUGGGUCUAUUGAGGUUGAGGAUAGUGAUACAGAUGUGGAAGUGCUUUCUCCAUCCCGUAAGGAAUUGGCAGCUCGUGAUGGUGAUAUGGGUGUAGAGGAAGUGGUUGCACCGUUGCCAGUGAAACCCAUAGAAGAGCAAGAGACUCAACUAUUAGUUCCUCAGAGAUCUCACAUGAAUGGAGAGAAAUUGGAUGGCUCUGCAGCGGAUGUGAGAGCCCACCAUGAACCUUGCAAAGAGGAUGAAGAUACAGACGCAGAGGGAAACAAGUCCAGUUCGGGAGAGGAGAGCAGCACUGAUGAUGAUCAGGACCUGGAUCUCCAGGCAACACAAUGUUUUCUACCUUCUGAGCUCUCGUCGCCUGGGAUUGAGACAGCAAGAAAUCCCAACGUGACAGAUUCCCAUCCGAACCUGGAAGAGGAGCCAACCCAGGACUUCAGAUCUCCUCCUGCACAAACCAGCCUCCUAUUUGGGAAAACCUCUCUGAUCAGGCACUCCUCUCCUAUGAGCUUCCCAAACAUUUCAGAAUUGAAAUCCCCACUGAGAGAGGAGGAAUCAGACUCAGAUGCUUACGCAUUGGAAGCCACUCAGGCAUUCUGCACAGAGCCUGGGCCUCUCUCAGAAGAGCCCACACAGGCCUUUGUUGUGGAAGAGGAAGAUGAGAGUAUCCAGAAUCCAUCUGAAAGGAGUAAAUGCUCUGUGCCAGACACACAGGAUGAGGUGACAGUUUCAGCCACUAGCAAGCAGCUGGCCACCAGUCUCUCUGGGGAGAGCACUCAGCCUUAUUCCAUAGGAUCACCCUGUUCUGAACCCAUCUCUCAGACCGCCAUGGAGGAGGUAGCAGAAGAGUGUAACAAGGAAGAGGAAACUCAGGCAGGUCAAUCAGUACAAAUGCCUCUUGUGGGCAGCAGCCAACCUUUGACAUUGCAGGAGGAGAAAAGGAGCUCUACGACUGAGAAACAAGUGUCUAUGGUGGUCCCUGAAGGUGGAAGCAUCGCUGAAGGCUCACAAAGUACGGCAGAUGGAGAGUUGGAAGGAAGAUGUUCAGUGCCAAUAAGACAACCAAGCGAUGCUGACCAGGUGCCAGGAUGUUCUAAAGAAGGGCCUCUGGAACCAGAAGUCUCAACCCCUGCACAGCGGCACAACCUGCGCUCCUCUUCGACUCCUUCCCCAGCUCCUAUCUCGCAAAGACGAAGCCUCCGCUGUCGCAUCCGUGCAGGAUCCACCGACACUCCGCAAUCAGAAGAAAAGGCUACCCCCAUCUCUAGGCGCAGGGGUCUGCGGCAACUGACCAGUUCAGCAUUGUACAUGGAAGAGCCGGAAAGAAAAACCGAACAGCCCAAAGAAGAGGAAGCAAGUCCCAACAAGAAGUCCAAACCUGCAACGCUAACAGUAACCACGCGGCUGAGUCGAACCAGGGGCGCACAAAGGGAAUCUGAUGCCACUGGCAAGCUGAAAGGAGAGAUGACGGUGACUGCAAACAGCCCAGGGACAAGGGAGGUGACAAGGCGGGCAAGAAAGGGAGCAGCAACCCCACCUGUGAAGGAAGAGAAGCCAGACCUCUCUCAGACCCGGUCCAGCAAGCGCUCAAACUCUUCAGUGAACACGCCGAGCCCAAAGGGUUCUAGGAGAGCUGUUAAACCUGAGAAGAACUCCCCAGCACAGUCCACACCAUCCUCGGGAAGGAGGACGCGGCACCAGAGCACAGAGAGCAAACCGGUGGGAAUUAAAUCCCGGCCCCAAUCCCAGACUUCUGUGGGCUAUGGUGCUCCUGCUCCAAAGGUGCUGUUCACAGGAGUGAUUGAUGAGGAGGCGGAGCAGGUAGUGGCGGAACUGGGCGGUUCCCUGGCGGAAUCUGUCUUUGACUGCACCCACCUUGUGACAGACCGUGUGUGUCGCACGGUCAAGUUCUUGUGUGCCUUGGCUCGAGGCAUCCCCAUCGUUACUUUGGACUGGCUGCAGAAGAGUAGGCAGAACUCCUUCUUCCUGGCACCAAAGAGCUUCCUUGUUCGUGACCCUGAGCAGGAGAAGAAAUUCCAGUUCAGCCUCCCCACAUCACUACAGACCGCACAGCGAAAUGGGGGACUGUUUCAGGGCUACGAGAUACAUGUCACCCCUAACGUUAAGCCAGAGCCCGAGCAUAUGAGAGAUAUCAUUAAAUGCAGCGGCGGGACAUUUUUACCCAGAAUGCCUCGAACCUACAAGGACAAGCGUGUCAUCGUUUCUUGUCCGGAUGACCUGCCCCUCUGCAAGCUAGCACAAAAUGGCAAAGUGCCGAUCACCAAUUCAGAGUUCAUCCUGACGGGGAUCUUACAGCAGAAGAUCGACCUGGAUGCCCAUCGGUUGGAUGCAGUGGCCAUUUCCUCCCCUGCGUCUUCCUCCACAGCUCCCGCCACCAGGGCCAGCAAGAGGAGGGCUGUGGCAAAAACAGCCCCCGCCCCACCCAGUAGAGCAAAGAGACGGCGCUGAUCCGGCCACCAAGCGUGGAGACGGUGCCUUACAAAUUGUAAAUAACUUUUCUUUCUCUGUCAUUCUCAAUAAAUCUGGAUUUAAAAACCGA